AUGUCACAAAAGAAUAUACCCAGUAAUAAUAAUAAUAGUAGUCAUAAAGCUACCCAAAAACCUGAGAGCGACGAUAAAGAAGAAAAGAACGCUGAACUUCCUGCUAAUACUAUAACUUAUUCAAGAAAUACCGGCACUUUUUCCAUUAAUGAUAAUGAUGAUGAUCCACAAUCAAUGCAGGACCUUUAUGGUCAUGAUGACGACGAUGAAGAUCUAGCUCUUGAUUUACCAUCCAAUAUACAUGGAUUAUCUAGACGUAAGCUGAACAAUAAUAAUAAAAAACAUCGUGCUAUACCAUCAUCGCAAGAACGUCUAGUUUCAUCACAAUUAAGUCAAUGGAAUUAUAAUAAUAAUAGGUCGAAAUUAAAUUCUUCCAUAGCGACAUUAAGGAAUCUGUUACAACAAAUUAAUGAAGAAAAUUCAACGAGGCCCGUUCAGGUAGAUAUAUCUCAAGAUUUACAAGUAUUACAAAUUAACUUAAGAAUGGAUGGCCAUUAUAAUAAUAACUCUAACGGUAAAAAUGAUUUUAAAUUAGAUAAUGAUGCAAUGGCUACAUUAUUACAUAAUCAGAUAGAAAAAUCAAUUGAGCAUUUAGCUUCCUUACAACAUAGAGUUGAUGAUGUAUCGUCAAAAGUGUUUAUAACCGGUGAUUUAAAUACAGGAAAAUCAUCAUUUUGCAACAACCUAUUAAGAAGGCAAUUAUUGCCAGAAGAUCAAUUACCUUGCACUAAUGUAUUUUGUGAAAUAUUGGAAGCACGUGAAAAUGAAGGUAUUGAAGAAGUACAUGCCAUACCAAAUAGUUUAGCUUCAACAGUCAAAGAAUGUGCUGAUCAAUAUGAUAUUAAAAACCAUAUGACGUAUGAAAUACAUACAUUAAUGGAAUUGGAUGAACUAGUAAUGCAAAAUGAUAAAUACGCAUUAUUAAAGAUUUAUAUUAAGGAUGAUAAAAGACCCACAGAGAAGAGUCUAUUACGUAAUGGGACUGUGGACAUCUCCUUGAUAGAUUCUCCCGGUUUGAAUAUGGAUUCAGUACAAACAUCGGAAGUUAUGGCUCGUCAAGAAGAGAUUGAUUUGGUGAUAUUUGUAGUCAAUGCAGAGAAUCAAUUAACUCUUUCUGCAAAAGAAUUUAUUUCACUUGCUUCUAGAGAGAAAAAAUUAAUGUUCUUUGUAGUGAAAAAAUUCGAUAGAAUUAAAGAUAAAGAGAGAUGUAAAAAGUUGAUACUAGAACAAAUAAAGGAUUUAUCACCCGAAACAUAUAAGAGAUCUAAAGAAUUUGUCCAUUUCAUAUCUGAACCUGAAUUAGAAAACGGUAACUCACCAAACCCAGAUGAUAACGGAGAUAGUGACGAUAAUGAUAGUGACGACAUCAAUAUAGAUCCCGAUUUUGAGAAUUUAGAAAAUUCUUUACGUAAUUUUGUGUUGAAAAGAAGGUCCCAAUCAAAACUAUUACCUGCUAAAACUUAUUUAUGCAAAGUUCUCUCGGAUAUUGGCAAAAUUUCCAAUAAUAACUUAUCAAUAUAUCGAAAUGAGGAGAACAUGAUCAAAGAAGAAUUAUUAUACCUAACAGAGACUGUAGAUACGAUCAAAAGACGUUAUAGAGGCGUCACACAAUCCAUAGAUAAAUUAUCCGAAGAAACUGUCACUGAGACAUACGAUUUUACAAAGAAUCAUAUAAUGAAUUGUUUGUCUAUUGAUUGCCAAGAUUUACCACAAUACCCAGGUAUUUCACGUCUUUACGAUUUUGUAUUUCAAACUGAACAUUAUUUUCAGGAUCAAAUUAAAAGUAGUACUGUAGCAAGUGAACUUCAUGCCAGAUAUACCACCAAAACAGUCGUUGAACAAAUUUACUCUACUGGCAGAGAUGAGUUGGGUGAUGAAUUUAUGUCAAAUAGAAUAUUUGAUGUUGGAUUAAUGUUUAGUCUAAGCACUCAUCAAAUAUCUAAAAACUUCUCUGUUCCAUUAACCUUUUCUGAUCUAUACGCUCCAUCUUUGGAUGGGUUAAUUGAGUACCUAUCGUGGGCAUUAUUUAGUCCGAUGAAAAUAUCUUGGCACAAGAAACCUGCUGAGAUCGAAAAACAAAACAAAACUGAGGAUAAUAAGAGCAUCACCACUGUAGGAUCUGUCCUAGGUCUUGGAAAUUAUCCAUUAAGUCAAUAUUGGAAGAGACCCUCUUUGUUAUUUACUUCCAAAUUACCUGCACUAGCAAUCUAUUCCUUUGGUGGUUCAAAAAUUGCAACUACAGUAAUAUUCAAUGGACUAAGUGCAUUUUCAUGGAAAUCCUUAGGUCAAAUUGCAGGUUCUGUUGUAAUUGCAGGUUCAUUACUUGGAAUGGCAUAUAUAGUUUACGAUAUUCCAAGAGCCUUACCUCAAAAUUUGUUAAUAAAGUACAAAGAACAUUUGAUCCAGAUGGAUUACAUCCAUACAAAUGCCAGACGUAUUAGCAACGAAGUCCAAGAAGUAUUAAAGACUCCAACGAGAGAAAUAAUGAAGACAUGUGAAUUAGAAGUCGACAAGAAACAAGGAAAGAAACAUGAACUGGAAAGAAAACAAGAGAACAACACAAUAUCUAUCAAAUUCUUCACUGAGAUUUUACAGAGGACUACUUCCGAAAGAAACAUAGUUGACAGCAUCAACCUUGAAGUUGACUAA